AACAGUCGCUUUCAGGAGGUGCUGUUGGCAUUGGCCGUGGUGAAGGGCCCUCGGUCAGGAAAGAAAAAAAAAAAGAAACAAAAAACAAACGCAAAACCAGGAGGAGAAGAUGGAGGGAGAGGAGGAUGACAUGACAUGUGGAGACUUGGGAAACGGCCUUGGGAGAAGACCUGGAGGUGUUUAUGAAGGGGAAAACUUACAAAAUCCCUAUUCAAUUAGAUCCAGGAAAGGAUCUGGAAAGGCUUGUAAUUCCCUCUUGUCAGCAAAGGGAGCGGAAGAAAGUGAUGCUGCAGCUCUUCCUGGUCCAAAACGAAACAGUUUUUACGAUGGAUCACUCAGAAAACCUGCUGCAAGUUCCACACGGCAGAACAGCUGUGAAUCUAAUACUGAAAUGUCAAAUGAAGAACUAAAGCAACGACUUCAGGAAGCUCUAGAGGAAGUUGAAAUUUUGAAAGUUGAGCUUGAAGCGUGUCAAAGGCAGCUUGAAGGAAAAGAUGAAGCCCUGAGAAUCCUGCAGAGCAUGGCAGUAUUUAAUAAAGCCACUAGUCAUACAAAAGAAAUGCUUCAAAAAACUGAGGAAGAAAAGAGGACUUUAGAGAAGGAAAUAAAUAUUUUGCAGUGGGAAAUUGAAUUUGAUCAGGAUAGAUUUAAAAACAUAGAAGACACAUGGACAGAAAAAUACGACAGGAUAUACUGUGAAAAUGCAGCUUUUAAAGAAGCAUUGAAACUGAGGACAGAAGAAGUUAAAACACUUAAAGCUGAAAAUGCAAUCCUGAAUCAGCAGUGCUUGGAAUUCCUUGCAAUGCUCGAUGUAAAACAACAGAAAGUUGUUCAGGAGAACAUGUUGUUGAAUAAAAGUGACAUUACUGAUUUUACAGGUCUUGAACUGGCGGUGCUCGGGGCCUGCACCUGUAGCAGCUCCGAGGGGCAGCCCUGCCCCUGUGCCAAGGUGGCAGCUCUCACUCGGAAGCAGCUCCUUCAUCUCAAGCGAGAGACUGAAAAUCUGAAGAAGAGUAAGGAUGAAGCGUUUCUCAUGGCAGAUGCCUUCAGAAUUGCCUUUGAGCAGCAGCUGAUGCAGAGGAAGGACCAAGCCCUGAGACUUGCAGAAGGGAUAAAGAUGAAGAAGGAAACUAAAUUUGCCAACUGGAGGCGUCUGAGAGGCACUGAGCGUCUCAAGUUACAAAGCAACAAGAACAAUCUGGGUCAAAAGCUGUCCAGCCUGCUCUCCUCAGGUGGGGACUGCAGGAGGGUCGAGGAGCUGGACAACCCCAACGAGAUCCUGAAGAUGCUGAUAGAUUUGGUGAAUGACAAGGAGGAGGCCCUGGCCCACCAGAGGAAGGUCAGCUACAUGUUGGCCCGUGCCCUGGAGGCGAAGGAGGCUGUUUUGGGAUGGGGUGAAGGGAAGGGGUUGUUGGGCCCUGCUCACGCCUGUGGCCACAGCCCCCCUGCCCGGAACAGCAUCCCCUCAGCUCCCAGCACGGACACCCACGGGCAUCCUGCAAAACCCCUGCAGAAGUCGCUGUCCUGGCCCUUGGGCAGGGCAGGGGGGCCCCUCUGUAGCCUCAUGCAGGACCCGCUGGGUUUGUGAAAAAGAAACACUUUGUGGA